GAAAAUUUGUCCUUGUAUCUGACGCGUAUUUUCGCUUGUAUUAUAUUGUAAAAGUUACAAAUUCCUUGUUUUAAUGGGUCGCAGGAGUAGGCAUAAGAAGAUCAAAGCAUGUGAUCCAUUUUAUAAAGGACCAAAGAAAGAUGGCAUCUCAAGCAGGUAAGUCUGCUGUACGAACACUGUCACGUGCUUUGUAAAUGAAACCUUAAUUGGUAGUGCAUGAUCAGCGCUAACCAUUGCAAGGAUUUCCUUGUCGAGGAGAAUUUGCUCGUUUAAAUAUGUUUUAGUUCUUGUGUGUUUGUACUGCUUCCCAAAUCAAAAUAAAGCUUAACAGUGUAUUAUGUAGUCAUGCUAUGCGAGCUAUAAAUUAGUCAUGUGUAUGUUAAUUAACUAGUUUCACAGGCCUUUAAAAUUCAUACUUGGCUACAAGGCUUGGGGGAAUAAAACAAAAGAAAUCAUCUUGAGGUUCAGUAAUGAAUAAUACAUUUCUUUUGUUGUAUUCCCCCGAGCUGCGGAGCUGAGGAUGAAUUUUAAUAUGUUGAAAUUGGUCUAUUCACUUUGGCCAUAAUACACCUUGUUCCCCACUCCAAAUAAUAAUGAUAAUAAAUAAUAAUAAUAUAAUAUUGUCUCAAUUCGUCAAAAGAUAAAUUAAAAUACACAUCUUUUGUUACAAGUGUGUUUAAAUUAAGAAAUUUUACAUCUAGUAAAAAGUGUAAGAAGGUAUAAAUAGUAAGAAUCAAAAUCUAGAAUAUUACAAAGCUAAUUCAUAUUUAAAAAAUAAUUAAACAGUUGAUAAAAGAGUUUUUAAAAUGCAUAGCAUUAAUCUUAGACUUAUGCUGUGUAAUGUUAUGUGGAACGGCAACAUCAACAAAAUGGUUACUAAGGCAUCUAAGCGUCUUUAUAUUCUUAGGGUUCUGAAGCAGGCCGGUAUCCCCUGUAGCGACCUCCUCAAUGUCUAAUUUGCUUUGAUACACUCAGUUCUGGAGUACUAUUGUGUCACCUGGUCAAGCAGCCUACCUGUCUAUCUUAGCAACAAGAUCAAGCGAGUCCAGAAAAGGGCAUUGCGUAUCCUAUUCCCCAUUAUCCACUAUAAUGAUUCUCUCUCAUUAUGCAAAUCACCCGUCUUGAUGCUUGACGUGGUGAUCUGUGCUUUAGAGUGUAAGUGGCACAGCGUCCGUGAUCACCCAAAAUCACUUCUGCACUACUGGUUAAUUAUUAGCUAAGAACAUUCUUGAGAUCAUUAGACACCAUAUUAACAUAAAUGAAAAGACUUUCUCAUUUUAUCGCAGAAAAAAUUAUCUUUCACAUAAUAAGAUAGUGCAAGAACAUUUUUGACACAAUUAUUCUUUCCAGAGGGUACCCAACCAAGUUGAAAAAUUAUGGAAAUUCUAGAGGGUGGGGGGUAUGACAAGCACCCCCUGGAAUGGAAAUUCGAGAGGGGGUGGGGGGUCUAAAGCAAAAAUGCCCUCUGUGGGCUAGUAUGGAUAUUUUUCGGAACUGCACUUUAAAUGCAAGGCCAUUGACAUGGUCUCUCAUGACAUGAAAAAAUUAUGCUUACACCUGACUUAACAAUAAAAGUAGAACAAGACACAAAAUGUAAAAAUUUCUCAGGCUCACUUUGGAUGCAGCUCCUGAAAGCAAGUAAGUGAGCUUAGAAGCUCAUCCUGUACUCUGCUUUAAUGAAAGCCUGCAUGUUCAAAGAAUUCUGUGGUGAAGCUUUCCUCAACCCCAAAACCAAAUAUACAAAACAGCUUCGAAUAACAGAAGAAUCUGAAUACCAGCUAUAUUUCAUUUUGUGGCGACAGUGGAAAAAACAAAUAGGAAACUGGACAAUUAUUAUAUUUUUAAGAAACAGUUGAAGACUUUAAUAUUAUUUUAAACUUGCAUACAGUUUUUAACUAAACAUGGGUGUAUAUAAAUUUUGCUCUCUCAUUAUAGCAAAACCUUGUUAUAGGGAACAUGUUUUUCCAGUCCCUUGGCCCUUGACUGGGUAAUGAAUUGAACUAUUCUUGGAGGAAAUUGGUUCAGUUCAUUCUAAAAUAAAAUUUUGGUUGCAGUAACAAAACACCAUUGAAGAAUGAGAGACUCACUGAUCAGAGAAUGCCCAGAGCUGCAAAAGAUUUGAUUAGAAGACAGAUGGCAUUAAAGAAGCCAACAGCCACAAUGAGAAAAAAGGAUGCAAAGACAAAGAAACGUGGUAAUUAUCAAAUGGUUGUAAUAUACCCAGAAAGGUAAAGAUGAAAUAAUGAAUAUCUUCAUCUUUCCCUGGUAAAUUACAAACCAAUUCAAGGACCAGCUCCCAGUUGGCUUGCUAGCUCAUUAUUGGUUAGAGCACUGCACUGGUAUCACAGAGGUCAGGGUUCGAAUACUGGCAAGGCUGAUUUUUUUUCAGGCUUUUCUUUCUCAUCAUCACAAGAUGUGUAUUUAACUGUGAUGAUCUUCUCUGCAUUUAUCACAUUUUCUUAUUGGUACAUGCUUAUGAUAUAAUUCCUGAAGUGUACAUUUAGACACAGCUACUGUAGAGCCUUUCACUUUAAACUUCUCCAUAUUACUGUGGAAAAUGUUUGCCAAAACACAAAGUGGGCUUUCAGUGAGGACGGCCUUAUUUUUUUCUGAUUUGAUAAUCACAGAGAAGAAAUUUGAUAAUCUCACAUCCUGGAAUUAUGCUGUCUCCAACAACUGAGUCUUUUCAUUAAUGUUAUGUUAAUGAUUUAUUGUGCUGUACAACUUCUCAUGACCUUGUUUUAUGGCUGUUACUUUGUAGUAACACCAAAGUUUCAGAGGAUUGCUGGGGAGAGCAAGAAACAAUACUUCGACAGGAUAGAUCAUGAAGCUGCUAAUGAGGUUGCUCUCUCUUUAAAGGCAUCCAGAAAACUGAGAGAGGCAAGAAAAAGGUAAAAUCAUAUACAAACUAGAAAAAUGUAGCUUGUGUCCCUCAGUAAUCGCUGUUGAUCUGAACCCAGCAAAUUGCAGUGUGAAUAACUCUUCCUUAGCUGAAAGAAUUCAAGGACAUGCAUGAGGGCUGUCCUUUGAGAUUCAGUGGAAGUUCUCAUGAACAGACAACCUCGGGACGCGAAAAGGCUGUCCAUUACUGGAGCUGGCACUUACGAGAGUGGUUCUCAUAAGUAGCCACUACAGAUGUAAGGGUUAAAUGGCCUUGUGGUUCAGGAUCUUGCCCAACUACAAAUAAACAUUGGAAAUGCAAAAAAAACAAGUGUUUGUUAGUGUCUGGCUAAUAUAAUUAUUUGUUGUUCUGACAAUGUUGUAAUUCAGUCACAAGCAUAAAAUUCAAGACAUGUUUUGUAGUGUACUCGGACAUGUAUGGAGAAAAAAACACUGAAAAUUAUUCAGAGGUGAAUGAGAUUUCAUUUCAGGUAUCUGCCUAUUAUGGGAGCUGAAAAACUAAGCUGAAAUUUAACUCGUUAACCCUGAAAGUGUCCGCGGCUGUCUACAGGAAUUUUCCCCUUGCGCAAAUGUAAAAAUACAGAGUUUGUAUGGGAGUUUAAGCAGUUUUGUGAAGGCAGCUGUAAGUAGAGCUAGGCACUGUCCAGUUCGAGAGUGGCCGUUAAGCGAGCUUCCACUGUACUGUUGUAACUUUUGUUCACUUGUGGGAAGCAUACAUGCAUGAGUGACUUCAUCAUUGCCUAAAUGUCAUUCGGUCGCUGGCCUGACAGAACAGCCAACAUUUUGCAACAAUACUGUUGGUUUCCCCAUGAAGUGACGUCUGAGAAACAAGCAGAAAUUCCAUACUGUUUCGGAGGUCAUUUAGCCGCGAAACCAUUGAUGGCAUUGCAAAAUGUCGGCAGAUUUCUCAGGCUUGUAAUCUUUCUUUAUCAUUUCUUAACAUUGCUUUUAUUAAACCCAACAUGUCAUUAAUGUUUAAAUAAAUUAAAGCUACCAUGAAACAAUCAUGAGUUUCAUGUGGUCUUGAUAACUAUGUUGUGCAAGGUGGCCAUGCAUGUUGCUUCUGUUCAAGUGAAAGCUAAAAACCCAGGGGUGAGGGAUGGUGCUUACGGAAAAUUUGGGUAGGGGUAUGCUGCCAGGGCUUUAUAACCAUUGACCCUGUGUAAGACAAAAACCUCCUGUUUUGCUGCCCUGUUUAAGACAAGAGACCUCUUAAUAUAAGACCAGGGUGAUUUAUUUCAUUUUGCAUACAGAAUUGUGCAGAAGAAUUGUACAGAAGUGUUUUUGUUUGUGUUUUUUUUUCUUAACAGCAUUGAAUAAUAAUAUUACUACAUUUUUUUAAAAAUGUAGCACCAUAGAAAUGAAGACAACCCACUGCUAACACCCUGCGCAAGUAUUGCAUGACCGUACAGUUUCGUUCAAGGCUUUCAUUUGAGAUAGACACCCGGCUGUUAAAGGCACUAAAUAGGGACUGUAAAUUGCAUACCCUCAAGACCGUGGAAGAACCUCAAAACCAUACCCUGUUCAGUGGCACAUACCCAUUCAAGCCAAAUAAGGGAGUGCCUCCCCUCCCCCCUGAGGCUACACACAAGGCAACAUUUACGAAUUCAUCAAAAAAUAUACAUAGGGCAAGACAGUGUCAGUUGCUUACAGGUUGAAUCUUGUGCUCUCUAUCAUGUCAGUAUACUGUACGUAAUCAUGUAUUAUUUCUCUGCCUCAUGUUGGUCUUAGGCACUUGAUCGAAAGGAAGCAGAAAAUGAAGGAAAAGAAAAAGCCAUACAAGGAAAGUGCUGACUUAAACCUCGUGAAAGGUAAUGCUCCUUCUAAUCUAUUGACAAACACAAUGUGCAGUGAUCAGUGAAACUUUGUUAUAACACUUUUUGAUGGACCAAAAGAAUUUCUAAAUCUUUAUUUAUGAAUUUUUCAGAUAACGUGAGCAAAUAAAUGGCGGGUUUAGCUUUAACUGUCUUUUUCAGAUAAUGUAAGGUUUGGAGAAGUAGCCAUGGAGCCACCAUCCCUAACAGCAAAGCCGAGAAAAGCGUCCAAGAUGAGCAAGGUAUUUCACAAUUUGCAACAGUCACAACUACUUCACACUUCGUUUGUGUAAUUGAGGAAGAUGGUCUUGAUGACACUUGUCAGAUGGUUCUGGAUUUUGUGAAAUCGUUCCAUUGACUUGACAAAACUGCCUGUACCGAUUUUAUCCAUACAUUUAUUUUUAUCCAUACAAGCUUACAUGUAGCUGUUUGGUAGGAUAAUCAUCAGUAGCACAGGAAAUACAUGGUCAGAUUUAGAGGUUGGCCCAGGGGACCUUGGCCACCCCUUUUCCCAUAAAGUUUUGAAUUAUUUUUAAAGAAUUCUCAGGAAAAUAAAUAUUAACUAUAUAGCGGGCAAGACUGUCCUGGCCAUUCCUUUCUGAAUUUUCUGGAUUCAACCCCUGCAAUGGUCACCCUUUGGUAUAUUAUCUUGAGAGAGAGAGAGACACAGACUCGAAAGUUAGAACGGUCAGCCACCAUGUACAGCGUAUUAAGGGGGGCAGUCUCGGUUUUUUUGUUUUUGUUUGUUUUUUUGUUUUUUUGUUUGGGGGGGGGUAGGGAGGAAAGAUGCUGAAUUGGGAAGGAAAUUGAAUUGGGGUAGAAAAGGUAUUCACGUGAUAUUUUAAUCGUUUACAACCCCCACAUCCAAUAUUUUCCAAAAUUUUAAACAUCCCUCUCAUUUUUAUACAUUAAAACAUUCGAAUAGCAUCUUAAAUUCUCCAAAAAAAUAUUAAACUAAGUACUCCAACCUUAGUUACCGAUUAGUUAUCGCUCUUUUGUCGUAUUAUUCUUUUUCAGGGAACAAAGCCGCUGCUUCUUCAUUCUCUUAUCUCACAAGACACAGACAGAAAGACUGAAAAUGAUAAGCAAACUGACACUACUGAGGACUCCGGCACACCGAAGACUAAAAAACGAAAGCAUAUGUCGGCUGUUGAGCGUGAAAAAGCUGACAAAGAAAGAGAACGUGCUAUAAUGGCGUACAGAUUGAUGCGAAAACAACGUUUGCAAGGAAAGAAAGAAUCACUGUGA